CCCGUCACUCCGCCUCCUUACGUAGCCCCUGAGGUUGUCAUGGGCAACUGAGAUGGACGCUUUUUCCGUUGACUACACCGCUUGAAGUAAUGGUCCAUGCGUCGCGCACCGUCAGCUGUGACUGAACAAAGUGUCGCUAAUUGAAGAGGAGGAACGCCUUACAGAGGGGACAUGGCGGUGUAUUUCGACCACCGUAUCGAGGCCCCUGACAACAGUGCAGAUCCCUCUCAUCUGACUUGGCACUCAACUCUUCCCAUUCUGGCUGUGGCCUCAAGCAGCCCUGCUUCUGGAGGCUGCGUGGACCUUUACCUACAGCAGGGAGAAUAUGUGGAGAGCUGCCACGUAGAACGACCUCACCAAGCCGCUGCGCUGCGCUGGCAUCCCUUAAAGCCAGUCCUGGCACUAGGAUGGGAGAAUGGAGAGGUGAUGCUGCUUACACACCCCUCUGGAGAGCAAGCUGUGCUGCCCAGUGUACACACAGCCUGCAUCGCAUUACUGGAGUGGAGUGGAUCUGGAAGCCGAUUGGUAACUGGAGAUCAGAAUGGAGCUCUGGCAGUUUGGAAAUUAGAUGCCAGAGGACGACUUAUUGGAAAUCACCUAGUUAAGCAUGAUUACAACAAGCCUUUAACUUGCUGCAUUUUCAAGCCCACCUCUCCUGGGGAUGAUGUGACAAUGUUAGCUCGGGCAUCAGUGAGUGGAGAUGAAUCUGCUCUGGACAUGUUCAGCUGGAAGGGAGCACCUCUAAAGAUGGGUCCUCAGGAGGGACUUGGAUUCUAUGUCAGUACCUCCGAUGGAACGGUACAUGCUGUGGAUGAACAGUGUAAGACAAGCCCGCUUUUCAGUGUGGAAAGUUCCAUCAAGAAACUUUUCUACCUGGAGAAACGAGGCGCUCUAGCAGCCGUCACAGAGACACUUACGUUGUCGCAGUACACACUGGGACCAGAAGGUGGAGCACAUGAGUUUAUGAAGGUUAAGUUAAGCAGCAAAGUUGGACAGAAUGUAGACAUUAUUUGGACGGAGAACAGCCUCCUUAUUACAGCAACAGGGGAACCAACCAUCAGAAUAUGGGACCUGGAGAGAGAUGACAACUAUGUUUUGUCUCUGGAUGAGAUCCUGGGAUUUGAGAAGGGAGAGAUGAUAAACUGUGUUUCUUACUGUGCAUCCAGAGAAAUCCUGGCAGCUGGUACCUCCCAUGGCCACAUAGCAAUGUGGAAGAUGGUGAUGCAGCCGAGCAGCAGCAGCUACAGAACAGACACUAAAGCCCUGUGGAAAUUACAGAUGCCUACUGAAAUAAAUGGAAAUGUCACUCAGCUACAGUGGGGCUCCACUCAGAACCUGUUGGCUGUGAACAACUCUAGAACGGUGCUGAUCCUCUGUGAGCAUGUGAUGUCGGCCCACUUCAGCCAGCAGGUGGCAGCGGUCCAGCUCACCCCAACACAGCUAAGCGUCACUCACUUCACCACAGGAACGACCCUUCCUCUUCAGUGUGACAUGCACAUCAAAGGAGUGUGUGUUAGCAAGGGCUCGGUCACAGUCUGGAAUGGGAAACUUGUCUCUGUGUGUGAGCUCUCAGGGACAGGUCUACACAUUACAGGAUCGUUUCCUUGUGAUUCCCAAGUUCUUGCUGUACAUGAUGAAAACCUUUACACUGUGGAACCAAACAGGGUACAAAUCCGUACACCACAGGGUACAGUGAAGCAACUUUUAACCUUCUCCAAAGCAGAGGGAAACCCUGUGCUUCUCAAUGUGUGCCAGUCUUACCUGGUUGUAGGUACAGACACAGCACACAUUAGAGUUUACGACCUCUCCAGAAGAGAUGCCAAAGCCCACUGCAGCGCUAAGAAUUUGGCAGACCACAUCACCAUGUUGGGGGCCCUGAGGUCCGUCAAGUGUAAUGCUAAUGGCAGCCAAGUUAGCAUCCUGAUCUCGCAGGUUAACGGACGACCCGAUCACAAAGUGUACUUUUAUGACACUGAGAUGGACAUUGUGACCCACUUUGACUUCUUCACUGGCAGACCGUCCAGUGGUGUCUCUCAGCCAGAUGAAAGCGAUAAGCAGAAGUUUCAGGAAGAUGAAUUCAGCGGUCGUUUUGCUCUGUCUCACUACUGGGAUGAGAGUGAACCUCGUCUCUUUGUUUGUGAGACCGUGCCAGUCGGCUCUGAAAAGUCACCAAAUGGUUCCUUAGAAUUGGAGGAUGUGUCAGUGGUGACCCUCUUCUGUACUCAGGAGCAUGGUCUCCUGCUGCAGGACUGUUUCUCCAAACCUUCAGGCCUCCAAGCCCUCCUCGCCCUGAGUGUGCCAUACUAUUAUUUUAGCUGCAAGCCAGGUGAGGGUCAUCCAGGCACAACAGAGGCUUCACUACCUUCAGAUCAGAGCGAGUCAACGAGAGGCGCUCCAGCUGCGUCCCCUCAGAUGGUGUCCAGACGUCCUCUGAGAGACUUUGUGGGCCUGGAGAAGUGUGAGAAGGGCACCCGUGAUGCCAUGCUGAACUUCAGCUUCUACCUGACCGUGGGGGACAUGGACGAAGCCUUCAAGGCAAUUAAGCUCAUUAAAAGUAAAGCCGUGUGGGAAAACAUGGCACGGAUGUGUGUGAAAACCCGCCGGCUGGACGUAGCCCGGGUGUGCCUUGGGAAUAUGGGGGAUGCCAGGGCAGCGAAAGCCGUGAAGGAGGCGGAGGCCGAGCCUGAACCAGAAGCCCAGGUGGCCAUGUUGGCCAUUCAGCUCGGCAUGUUGGAAGAUGCAGAAAAGCUGUACAAGAGCUGUCAUCGUCAUGACCUUCUGAACGCCUUCUACCAGGCUUCCAGUGAGUGGCAGCAAGCUCUGGAGACGGCCGAGACCCACGAUCGCAUCCAUCUGCGCACCACCUACUACAACUAUGCCAAAUACCUGGAGUCCAUGGGCCACAAGAAUUUGGCUCUUGUUUAUUAUGAGAAAUCAGAGACACACCGAGUCGAGGUGCCCAGAAUGCUCCAGGAGGACACAUCGUCUCUGGAAAUUUACGUGAACAAAGCCAAAGAUAAGAACAUCUAUAAGUGGUGGGCCCAGUACAUGGAGAGCCAGUCAGACAUGGAGAGAGCGCUGCAGUUCUAUGAGCGUGCUCAGGAUUACCUCUCCCUGGUUCGAGUCCACUGCUACAUGGGGAACGUCCAGGAGGCAUCUCAGAUAGCCAACAACACAGGUGACAGAGCAGCAUCCUACCACCUGGCCAGACAUUAUGAGGGUCAUGAUGAUAUCAAGCAAGCAGUCCACUUUUACACACGGGCCCAAGCCUACAAUAAUGCCAUACGACUUUGUAAGGAGAACGGUCUGGAUGACCAGCUGAUGAACCUGGCUCUGCUCAGUAACCCAGAGGACAUGAUGGAGGCUGCCUGUUACUAUGAGGAGAAGGGCAAACACUUGGACCGAGCGGUCGCACUCUUCCACAAGGCCGGGUACGUCUCCAAAGCGCUAGAGCUGGCAUUCGCCACCGAACAGUUUGCUGCACUUCAGCUCAUCGCAGAGGAUCUGAAUGAGAGCUCCGAUCCAGCCCUCCUCACUCGCUGCUCCGACUUUUUCAUCCAACAUUCCCAGUAUGAAAAGGCAGUGGAGUUACUGGCAGCAGCCAAGAAGUACCCUCAAGCCGUGGAGCUGUGUUUGACCCAGAACCUGACAAUCACCGAGGACCUUGCUGAGAGAAUGACUUUAACAGACUCAAAGCAUCUGUCUGAAGAGGCCUGCAAGGAACUGCUGGAGAAGAUAGCUGACUGCUGCAUGAGCCAGGGCAGCUACCACCUGGCCACCAAGGUGUACACACAGGCGGGCAACAAACAUAAGGCCAUGAAGGCGCUCCUCAAGUCGGGCGACACGGAUAAAAUAGCUUUCUUUGCCAACGUUUCUCGUCAGAAAGAGCUUUUCAUCAUGGCUGCCAACUAUUUCCAGUCCCUGGAUUGGCGUCAGAACCCGAAGAACUUAGAGCGGAUCAUUGAGUUCUACACUAAAGGCAAGGCCCCAGACCUGCUUGGUGGCUUCUAUGAAGCUUGUGCUCAGGUGGAAAUUGACGAUUACCAGAACUACGAAAAGGCUCUGGAGGCUUUAAUGGAGGCUUUUAAGUGCCUGUCCAAAGCCAAGGACACUCCAGGCAGACAACUGGAAGUAAAGUUAACUGAACUGCUGCAAAAAAUCAGCCUCAUCAAGAAGUUCGUCCACAUACGCAGAUUGUAUCCUGAGGAUCCAGAUGAAGCAGUGAGGUUAUGUGAAGCCUUGCUGGAGGAACCGGAGUUGGACCCCGCUGUCAGGAUUGGGGAUGCAUUUGGUUUCUUGGUUGAGCAUCACUGUCAGCAAGGCCACUUGCAAAUGGCCUACCAGAAGUUGGAGGAGCUCCAGAAGCUGCUGCCAUCUCAGAGCAUCAGAUAUUACAUCAGCCAAGCCAGCCUGGACGCACUGCAGAGGGAGAUGGGAAUCCCCCUAGAAAGUGUUGACCACAAGCAUGUACCGAGGGAGGAGGACGAGGUGGAGGAGGACCUGACUGUUUGAUCUUCCUCUGGUUUUCUGACCGGGUUUGACUGUGCAGCAGGUUUUAUAUUAAUAUAGUAGCCAAAAAUACAGAAGAUGGUUGCAAAUAAAAGCAGUUAAUCAUCA